UAAAAAUAAAUUAAAAAGAGAAAAAUAUAUAUUAUCCCUUUUUUUCUUUGUUCUUCGUCUUCGUCUUCGUCUUCGAUUCUCAUGAUUCAUGUCGGAGUCUAAAUUUUUAGCGAUCUUAGAAUCCCAUUUUCCUUAGGGAAUCUGAGAAUUUUCGAAUCGGGUUAAAAGUUUUUCGAAAACGCAAUGGAUGAGACGUAUUUUGAUCUGUUGCAUUUCUUUAAAAAUCCUUCCUUUACGGAGACAUUCGUCGACAUCUUGCUAUGUGCAGUCCCGAUUUGGCUCGCUGUUAUGAUCGGUUUAUUGAUCGGAUGGUCUUGGCGUCCGAGAUGGACCGGUUUGAUUUAUUUAGGGUUUCGUUCUAAGCUUCGGUUUUUAUGGACUGCACCCCCUGGGUUUGGUGCUCGUAGGCUUUGGCUUGCUUUCACCGCUCUCUCUGCUUUCUCCGUUUGUCGCACUAUCUGGUCCAGGAACGACAACAGAGGUAAUAAAUCCUCGGUUGGGUCAGCUUCGUCGCAGACUCCUGUGGAAGAAACUGAUGAAUCAGGGCUAGUCUCGAGAGGCAGUGAUGUUACGACGGUGACAGAGGAUAUUGUGACAGAGAAUGAUUUAGAGCAUCUUUUACAGCUGCUUGAAGUUGGGAAUGCAACUAGGGAGUGGCAAUCUAUGAUGGAUAAGACUACUCCAAAUAUGAGUUACCAGGCUUGGCGUCAUGAGCCUGAGACAGGUCCAGUUAUUUAUCGCAGUCAAACUGUGUUUGAGGAUGCAACUCCAGAUAUUGUUAGAGAUUUCUUUUGGGAUGAUGAGUUUCGACCUAAAUGGGAUUUUAUGCUUGCCAACUUCAAAACUUUGGAGGAGGACACUCAGACAGGAACAAUGAUUGUUCAGUGGAGAAAAAAGUUUCCAUUUUUCUGUAGUGACCGAGAGUAUAUCAUUGGCCGGAGAAUAUGGGAGUCUGGAAAGAAAUAUUAUUGUGUGACAAAGGGAGUUCCUUAUCCAGCUCUACCAAAGCGUGAUAAGCCGAGGCGUGUUGAGCUUUAUUUCUCCAGUUGGGUUAUCAGAGCAGUUGAAUCCCGAAAAGGAGAUGGACAGCAAACGGCUUGUGAAGUAUCACUUGUCCACUAUGAAGAUAUGGGAAUCCCAAAAGACGUAGCAAAGUUAGGUGUCCGUCAUGGCAUGUGGGGAGCCGUCAAGAAGCUCAACUCUGGUUUGCGAGCCUAUCAAGCCGCCAGAAAAUCAGGCUCACCUCUAUCCCAUAUCGCUCAAAUGGCAAGAAUCACUACAAAAUUAAACAUGGAUUCUGCAGAAUCAUCUUCAAGAGAUGAAGACAGAAGCAGAGCAAUGGAUUAUGCAAGGAGACAACGGGACCAUUUGAGAAUGGACUGGAAAUGGGUUGUUGUAGGAGGUGUCGCAUUGGCUUGCGGCCUUCACACUGGGGUCAUUGGUAAGGCUUUACUUGCUGGAGCUGGCCAGAGACUGGCUCGUAGGUGAAAAACCUUGUCGUAUUCUUAUUAUAUCUUCCCUUGACAGAAAAGAGAAACAUAUACAUAUAUAACCUAGGGAAAUGUAUUUUUCUUGCUACUCCUAUGAGAAGGGCAUGUGGUUUUGAUGGUGAAACAUGUAGAAUAGUUGCUUUAAGCUUGGGGAGUCUAAAUUAUUUAAGUUCUAUCUGUUACAGAGGA